AAAAUAACAAGAAAAAGUUUAGAAGAAUGUCAGUCAAUCAAACUGAAACAUCAUAGUUGAUUAUAAGUCUAUUUUAACAUCCGAGCUGUAAUUACUGUUCCUGAAAUUUCCUCCUGCUGUGUUCAGGUGUUUUGGGUAAUAAUCGGACCAAUCAUCUGUCAGUAUGACACAGCAACUACUGUACUUACAAUUUGAGAACUUUAAAUAAUAAGAGUUUUAUCAAGCAGAAAAUCGUUGUUGUUAUUUUCUAUGAAGGGUCCAGAAACAGGAGGAGGGUUUGGGCAAAGCUUCAGAAUAAAUACACUGGAAGAAUAAAAGAACGUUCCCAUAAAACAUUUAACAUGCAUUUUCUAUUGCUGUGAAAGAGUUAUUGGUGAUUUUAGAGACUGAUCCAUUUGAGACAUGUUACAGUGUGUGAGAAGAACCACAAAGCAGUCAGUCAGGAGUAUACGUGUACCGAGUCCCCUGCAGCUCGUCUCCGGGCCGCUCGGGGGCAGCAGCGCUCCGUGCCCGCAGCUCCUCUCCGGGCCGCUCGGGGGCAGCACCUCUCCGGCAGCUUGAGCUGCAGAAGAAGCAGCAGCUGUUGUUGACAGAAUCAAUGGAAACUAUCUGGGAAUAAAACUUCUCUUUAAACCCGCCGAACUGUCUCCAGUGGAGGAGCAGUGCUGAUGGAGGACUCAGAGCCGGAGCCCCCCCCCUCGGCCUCUUCCUCCCACUCCCUGUCCCUCCCCUCCACCCCCUCUUCCUCCUCCUCCAGUGGCGACCCCCCAUCGGCGGUGCCCCCCCCCCUGGGUGUGAUCAGAGAGGCGCUGGGCGAGCUGGUGAUCAAUGCCGAGGUGGCUCAGAGGGCAUGUCGGGAGGUGUUGCAGCAGGUGAAGCUGAACCAGGGGGAGGAGCCUCAGCAAAUGAAGCUGAGCAAGGGGGAGGAGCCUCAGCAGAUGAAGCUGAACCAGGGGGAGGAGCCUCAACAGAUGAUGCUGAACCAGGGGGAGGAGCUUCAACAGUUGAAGCUGAACCAGGGGGAGGAGCCUCAGCAGAAGAAGCUGAACCAGGGGGAGGAGCCUCAACAGAUGAUGCUGAACCAGGGGGAGGAGCUUCAACAGUUGAAGCUGAACCAGGGGGAGGAGCCUCAGCAGAAGAAGCUGAACCAGGGGGAGGAGCCUCAGAAGAAGCUGAACCAGGGGGCGGAGCCUCAGCAGAUGAAGCUGAACCAGGGGGAGGAGCCUCAGCAGAUGAAGCUGAACCAGGGGGAGGAGCCUCAGCAGAUGAAGCUGAACCAGGGGGAGGAGCCUCAAUGGAUGACGCUGAACCAGGGGGAGGAGCCUCAACAGAUGAAGCUGAACCAGGGGGAGGAGCCCCAACACAUGAAUCUGAACCAGGGGGAGGAACCUCAGCAAAUGAAGCGGAACCAGGGGGAGGGGCCUCGGCAUGGGGAGGAGCUUCAGCAAAUGAAGCUGAACCAGGGGGAGGAGCCUCAACAGAUGAAGCUGACACAGGGUGAUGAGCCUCAGGCCCCUCCUGCCCCCCCUACGGUGCAGGUGGGGGACCCCGAGGGCCCGGCCCCUGGCUCGGUGAAGAGCCUGCGGCGGCGGCAGCGCCACAACCCGUCCAAACAGUCAUGGCUGCUCCGCCUGUUCGAAUCCAAGCUUUUUGACGUCUCCAUGGCGAUCUCCUACCUGCACAGCUCCAAGGAGCCGGGGGUGCAGGCCUACAUCGGGAACCGGCUCUUCAGCUUCAGCAAUGACCAGGUGGACUUCUACCUGCCGCAGCUGCUCAACAUGUACAUCCACAUGGACGAGGACGUGGGGGACGCCAUCAAGCCCUACGUGGUGCACCGCUGCAGACAGAGCAUCUGGUUCAGCCUGCAGUGUGCCUGGCUGCUCGGGGCCUACUCCUCGGACAUGCACAUCUCCACGCAGAGGCAUUCCAGAGGCACCAAGCUGAGGAAGCUCAUCCUGUCUGACGAGCUGAAGCCGGCAGGGGCCCGGGGCCGCAGGGACCCCCUGACUCUGAUGCCUUUUUUUCCCCUGGCCCCCCCCGGCCAUGGGGCCCCAGAGCACAGCCUAUCGCCCUCCAAACGAACACACCAGCGCUCCAAGUCUGACGCCACGGUGAGCAUCAGCCUGAGCAGCAACCUGAAGAGGACGGCCAGCAACCCCAGGGUGGAGAGCCAGGACGAGGACAGCAGCUCCAGCUCCGACAGUCUGGAGUUUAUCACGCGGCCCCCGGUGCGUCUGGCCCCUCAGAGGGAGUUCAUUAAGUCCCUGAUGGGCAUCGGGAAGCGCCUGGCGACCCUCCCCACCAAAGAGCAGAAGACUCAGCGCCUGAUCUCCGAGCUCUCGCUGCUCAACCACAAGCUGCCCGCCAGAGUCUGGCUGCCCACCGCCGCCUUCGACCACCACGUGGUGAGGGUCCCCCACACACAGGCUGUGGUGCUGAACUCCAAGGACAAGGCUCCGUACCUGAUCUACGUGGAGGUUCUGGAGUGCGAGAGCUUCGAGACAUCCAGCGUUCCGGUCCGGAUCCCGGAGAACCGGAUCCGCAGCACUCGCUCCGUGGAGAACCUGCCGGACUGCGGCAUGACGGCGGAGCAGCGCGCGGGAAGCUUCUCCACCGUCCCGAACUACGACAAUGACGACGAGGCCUGGUCUGUGGACGACAUCGGGGAGCUGCAGGUGGAGCUGCCGGAGAUCCACACCAGCAGCUGUGAUAACAUCAGCCAGUUCUCCGUGGACAGCAUCACCAGCCUGGAGAGCAAGGAGCCGGUGUUCAUCGCUGCCGGAGACAUACGGCGGCGUCUGUCGGAGCAGCUGGCUGUGGCCCCCACCACCUUCAAACGGGACCCUGAGGACCCCUCAGCUGUGGCCCUCAAGGAGCCGUGGGAGGAGAAGGUCCGGAGGAUCAGGGAGGGCUCUCCGUACGGACACCUCCCCACCUGGAGAUUGCUGUCGGUCAUUGUGAAGUGUGGAGACGACCUGAGGCAGGAGCUGCUGGCCUAUCAGGUGCUGCAGCAGCUCAAGUGUAUCUGGCAGCAGGAGCGGGUCCCCCUCUGGAUCCAGCCAUAUAAGAUCUUGGUCCUGUCCUCAGACAGUGGGAUGAUCGAACCUGUGAUGAACGCUGUGUCGCUGCACCAGGUGAAGAAGCAGAGCCAGCUCUCUCUGCUGGAUUACUUCCUGCAGGAGCACGGGGCCCCCACCACAGAGAAGUACCUGUCGGCUCAGAGGAACUUCGUCCAAAGCUGCGCCGGGUACUCUCUGAUCUGCUACCUGCUGCAGGUCAAAGACAGGCACAACGGGAACAUCCUGCUGGACGCUGACGGCCACAUCAUCCACAUCGACUUCGGCUUCAUCCUCUCCAGCUCUCCGAAGAACCUGGGCUUUGAGACGUCCGCCUUCAAGCUCACCAACGAGUUUGUGGACGUGAUGGGGGGGCCGGACGGAGACAUGUUUAACUACUACAGGAUGCUGAUGCUGCAGGGGCUCAUCGCAGCCCGGAAACACAUGGACCGAGUGCUGCAGAUAGUGGAGAUCAUGCAGCAGGGUACCCAGCUGCCCUGCUUCCACGGCUCCAGCACCCUGCGGGGUCUGAAGGAGCGCUUCCACAUGUCCCUGACGGAGGAGCAGCUGCAGCUGCUGGUGGAUCAGCUGGUGGACGGCUCCAUGAGGUCCAUCACCACCAAGCUGUAUGACGGCUUCCAGUACCUCACCAAUGGCAUCAUGUGACCUGCAGACUGUGUGUGUGUGUGUGAGAGACUGUGUGUGUGCGUGUUUUAUAUCGGCACUGCAGAGACUCUGAGCCCUCUGUCAGUCCUCCUCCUCCUCCUCCUCCUCUUGUUGUAUUCCAGAUCAUUCUGUUAUUCCAGCCGUGAACCCGGGGGGGUUUAAUAAGACUAAAGCUGUAGGAGAGAUGCACCCCCCCUUUGAACUGAAGACAGACUUUGUUUCCUGAGAUGUCCUUAUUCUCUCAGAGUAUUUUCUCCUGUAUUCUUGUGUUUCUCAGAACCCCCCCCCCUCAGAUUUUCAUCUUCUGUUAUUCCAGCUUCUUCUCUGUUUGUAGUUUUUUUGGUCCGUUUCCUGUUUGAUUAUUCCAGAUUUGGGCGGAUGUCCCUGAUUGGCUGCUCAGCUGGACUCUUGGCCAAUCAGAGAACAGUCCAGUUUUAGUUUGAAAGGUGAACUGUGUUACUGUGGAAACUGCGUCAGAGUGUUUUUACCUGUGUGUCUGCGAGCAUUAAAACAAAGCAGCCGGAGCAGCCUCA